AGCACCGCACACGGGGUCGAAGGUAAGCAAGCCGUUCAGCAAAUGCAGCACGUGAAGCUCUGCAAAGCCGGUAUUGCGCGCACCAGCAUCAAGUGUGGUGACGUGCGCCGUGGGCUUCAGUUAGCGCUGGAAAUGAACGAUAAGCAGCUGUACAAUGAGUGUGGCGAGGCGAUGUCAUCCGGUGGGCACAUCAACGAAGCGGCCAUCAUGCUGGAGAAGGGUGAAAGUUGGGAUAAGGCCGCUGAGCUGUUUAUUCAGUUGAAACAGUGGAAAAAGGUGGACAGUAUACUGCCACGUGUUUCGAGCCUUAAACUGCAUGCGGCCUAUGCGAAAGCAAAGGAAGCCGAAGGUCAGUACGCAGAGGCGAUCAGCAGUUACCAGGUGGCCGGUGAUCUCGAUAGCGUGGUGCGCAUCUAUCUAGACUAUCUGUCCGAUCCGCAUGCCGCGUCGGAGAUUCUGCUGGAAACGCGUUCGGUCGAUGGGUCGAAGCUGUUGGCCAAGUACUUCGAGCAGCAUGGUGAUUACGAAUCGGCUAUACAGUUCCUCGCGCUUUGCGGCUGCAUUGCGGAAGCGUUCGCGAUCGCACAGAAGCAGAACAAGAUACGCUACUACGGUGAGGUGCUGGAGCAGAGCUCGUGUGCGAAAGCAGCCGAUUUUCUGCUGUUGGCCGGGUACUUUGAGGGCGAGAAGUAUACACUUUUGGCCGGAAAGUAUUACUUUCUGGCUAAAGAAUACUCGAAAGCCCUUAAGCUGCUGCUGAAGGCAGCGUCGGUGGGAAGCGAAGAGAAUGCUGCGCUAUCGUUGGCCAUCGAUUGUGUGGCUUCGUCGGGUGAUGAAAAGUUGUCGAACCAGCUGAUUGAAUAUCUGCUCGGUGAGUCCGAUGGCGUACCGAAGGACCCGAAGCUGCUCUUCCGGUUGUACAUGGCUAAGCGACAGUUCAAGGAGGCGGCAAAGGCGGCAAUGAUCAUCGCCAAUCAGGAGCAAAUUGCCGGAAACUAUCGUAGCGCACAUGAUCUGCUGUUUUCAAUGUACCAAGAGUUACGGCGCAACAGUCUGGCCAUUGCGACAGACAUGAAAAUCACUCUAGCGCUCUUGCACCGAUACACGCUCGUCAGAAUUCACGUCAAGCGUGGAAAUCAUCUGCUUGCGGCUAAGCUGCUCCUCCAGGUGGCGAAAAACAUUUCCCAGUUUCCAUCCCAUGUUGUCCCCAUUUUGACCUCCACUGUCAUUGAGUGCCACCGGACAGGACUGCGAAAGUCCGCUUUCGAGUACGCGGUGAUGCUAAUGAGAUCGGACUUUCGCGGUCAGAUCGAUGAAAAGUAUGCGAAGAAGAUAGAAUCCAUCGUACGGAAGGCUCCCCGUGGUCAGCUAGACGAUGAAGGAGCCCAGGAAUCCAGUCCCUGUCCACUAUGCGGCGCCUCUCUGCCCAACAUGGAGAUUGCUUGUGGACAGUGCAAAACUACUCUGCCGAUUUGCAUUGCGACGGGACAGCAUAUAGUGCGAGAGGGUGUGGCAGCCUGUCCAGAGUGUGAUUUUCCCGCACUGAAGGCAGAGUUCAUGAAAAUCCUUGAAACCACGAACAACCAGUGUGCAAUGUGCGGCGAAGAAAUAGACGCUGGCCGGCUUGUGGAUAUUGACGACCUUCUACCGUACAUUAACACCGGAACCUAA